AUGUCCUUGAAUAAGGAUUCUCCUCAGCCCAUGCCUAGUACGAAAGCUCCCAAGCGCAGCUUCGAAGAGAUGUUCGGCACAAAUGAUUGUGCAAUUGACGCAGAUGAUUGUGGAAUUGACUUCACCGAGAAGCUCCCUGACAUCACCACGUUCCUGUCUACGCCUGAGCCAACGGAUAAACUAGUGCAGACUUACAGGAAGCUGGAGAAACUGGUUGAACUUGUCACAGAAGGCAAGAGCCUGGCCAUCCACACUAACUACGCAAAGGCUCCACAGAAAGAGCUCGACCCAAUCCCCGAGGCAAUGAAAAGAAUGCUCUCAAUCGAGAUCGAGCAGUACAACGCCUGGCUUGCCGGUGCCGUUAUGCCCACCGUCGACUGGAAAAACAGCCACAAAACGGUUAUGCUGUCCAAGGACGAGAAAGCUCACUUUCAGCAGCAAGUUCGUGCGAUCCGAGAAAUUUACCAGAACCCGCGCAUCUCUCGCACAAACGCACACUGGUUCAUUUCUAACCUUCGAUAUGUGCUCCCUCUUAUUGAGGCAGUCGCGAUAGUGCGGCUUGUGCGGCAGGAGUAUGUCCGCGACGAAGAGGAUCCCACCGAGAUGGAACUCGCGGAGCAAGAAGGUCUCACCAAGAUGGAGCUCGCAGAAUUGGAAACAGCCCGCGGUAUAAUCGGGGUUACCACGGAUAUCCUGCAGAAGAGAGAACGCCGGGUGGAAUUGGAUCCUACCCUGCAGGAGAAACACCUGGCACUGGAAUGGGUGAUGGACUUGACCCGCGAAGCCUGUGGGAUUAUCCAGUUCCGUGUCAGCACAAUUCAUGAGAAGGCUUUGCGAUACAAGGAGAGGAACAAGGGUAUGGGUGUUGCCAGAGCUAAGGAAUAG